ACUCUUAGAAGUGAUGAUGCCUGGCUACUGGAUGCAAAUGGCACUCAUAUGGAGGGAUCUUGCUUUGUGUAGUAUCAAGGGUACAGCGGCAGCAUAACCUACUAUCCUCAUGUGACAUGUAUUAAUGGUCUUUGGGAAUUUUGUACGACUUUCCUGGAACUGGAGACGCUGUGGAAUUUCCUUCUCCAUAGCUGCUCUCCUUUGACUGUUUCUUGAUAGUAGUUUUCUUCUAUGUUUUGCAUGACGAAUGUGAAUUUUACUGGAUGGUAUGUUGAGUUUAACAUCAAUAGAAGUAGAGAGAUGUCUUCCUUCUUUUUUUUCUUUUUUUGGUGAGGUCAGUGAGUAGAUAGAGAUCGUUGGCCGAUUUGAUGGCGAAUGUGAAUUUUACUUGGAUUUCUUCAGUUCAUGCAUUUUUUGACGACUUUCCUCAGGAAUCAUACAAUUUUAAAGAAAAGGUUAGCAAUAUCAUGAAUAAAGGGGAGACGAGAGAGGGGAAAGUAUUUUGUUCUGGUGCUUCAUUCAUUUUGCACCUUGGACUUGGUGAAUCGAUUGACGCCUGUCUGUCCUCCUGUAAUCAAGUCUUACUCCUUAACUUAAACUCAACCAUUCGGCUCUCCUCGAAGUGGGUCCACUCCAGUGCGGAAAUACCUCUUCAAUUAUUCAUUUCUAGGUAUUGAUGGAAAAAAGAAAAAUUAAAAGAAAAGAAAAGAAGAAAUUUAUAUUUCGGGUUUAUUUUUGUUUUAAUUUGCUAUGCCUAUGCCUACGUACUAUUACUAUAUGCCUGCCUCUUCCAUUCUUUCUACGGGAGAAAGAAAGUGAACAUUAUAUCCUAAAAAGAAAAGGAAAAAGAAAAAGAAAAAGAAAGGAAAAAGUGAAAUAUCAUAAUAUUCUAACCAUCAUCAGAAGAUGAAGGGGGAAGUCCAGUGGAAAUCGGUGCAGAGAGCAGUUAUAGUUGGCAAGUGAGAAGGUACAGUCAACCAUAACCAUCAUCAGAAGACCAUUCAGAAUGGGAAAAGAAGAAGAAUACCAAGAAAGGGAAUCAAACGUCGAAACAGAUGAAGAAGAAGAAGAUGAUGAUGAUGAUGAUGAAGGGGAAGAGAAAUGGAGAAUGCACUACUCAUCGAGGCAUAGGAUAUUGCUGGUGGGAGAAGGAGACUUCUCCUUCUCUCUUUCUUUAGCCACCCAUUUUGGAUCUGCCCGCAACAUGGUAGCCACUUGUCUCGAUUCCCAGGAGGAGAUUGAUAGCAAGUACAGUAAGGCAAUAGGGAAUGUGAGGGAGCUUGAAGAAAGGGGAUGCAUAGUGAUUUACGGAGUGGACGCCAAGCAAAUGAGUCAACACUUCUUCCUCAGCACUCAGAGGUUUGACAGGAUUGUCUACAACUUUCCUCAUGUUGGCUUUCUCUUCCGGGAGGAUAGCUACUGCCAGAUCCAGUUGAACAAGAGGUUGGUGAAGGGUUUCCUGCAGAAUGCUAAACUUGUGCUGAGAAAAGAGGGCGGAGAGAUUCAUAUAACCCACAAGGAAGGUCAUCCUUACAACAAAUGGGAUUUAGUGAGGAAAGCACACAAGAUAGGGCUGCUUCUCACUCAAACUCUGCCCUUCCGCAAAGACGACUAUCCCGGUUACGACAACAAGAGAGCCCAUGGUACCCUUUCCGAUGCCUCUUUCCACCUUGGCCAUUGCACUACUUACAAGUUCAGGCUGCCGCCUUGUUAAUCCGGUCCCCCCUUAUUUUUAGGCAUAGGCUUUUAGCCUUGCUGCUUAGUUUCUUAUGAACAUCAAGAGGCCCCUUUCUUUUAUUAGUGUGAGUGUGUGAUCGACCGAAUCUAUGAAUUACAAGAUUACAAGAUGGUGUGAACAUGUAUUAUUAUAUUCAACUCUUUUUCUUUACUACAAAAUACACAUUAUAUAUUUUAAUAGUUCAAUACCACAUGUCUCUUGCAUGA